UCGAGUGUGCAGUUGUGCUGUUUGGUCGCGCCACCGGCAAUGGAGCGCGGGCCGCCGCUACCCGAUGCGCCGCCGUCCACGCUGGUGGAGGGACUCAAGUCCCCCAAGCCCCUCAUGAAGAAGCAGGCGGUGAAGAGGCACCAUCACAAGCACAACCUCCGGCACCGCUACGAGUUCCUGGAGACGCUGGGCAAAGGCACCUACGGCAAGGUGAAGAAGGCACGGGAGCGAUCCGGGAAGCUGGUGGCUAUCAAGUCUAUCCGGAAAGACAAAAUAAAGGAUGAGCAGGAUCUUGUCCAUAUUCGGAGAGAGAUUGAAAUCAUGUCAUCCCUCAAUCACCCGCACAUCAUUGCUGUCCAUGAAGUGUUUGAAAACAGCAGCAAGAUUGUCAUUGUGAUGGAGUAUGCCAGUAAAGGAGACCUCUAUGACUACAUCAGCGAGCGCCAGAGACUCACUGAGCAGGAAGCGCGGCACUUCUUCAGGCAGGUGGUGUCUGCAGUUUACUACUGUCACAAGAAUGGAAUUGUUCACAGAGAUCUGAAGCUAGAAAACAUCCUUCUGGAUUCUAAUGGCAACAUCAAGAUUGCAGACUUUGGCCUCUCUAAUGUCUUCCAGCAAGAUCGGUUUCUCCAGACCUUCUGUGGUAGCCCUCUCUAUGCAUCUCCUGAGAUAGUCAAUGGAAGACCUUAUAAAGGGCCCGAGGUGGACAGCUGGUCCCUUGGUGUGCUCCUUUAUAUCUUGAUUCAUGGGGUGAUGCCUUUCGAUGGCCAAGAUUAUAAGACCCUGGUCAAGCAGAUCACAAGUGGGGACUAUAGAGAACCCACCAAGCUAUCAGAUGCCUGUGGCCUGAUCCGAUGGAUGUUGAUGGUCAACCCAGAGCGCCGAGCCACCAUUGAAGAUAUUGCCAGCCACUGGUGGGUGAACUGGGGUUACAAGGUGCCAGUUGGGGAGCAGGAGUCCUUGCGUGAGAAUGAAUCUCCACUGGCCACAGUGGCAGAAUGGCUGCGCCGCUCCUCAAGGCCCCUUUUUGAAAAUGGCUCCAAGGUACGCUGUUUCUUUAAGCAACACAUCCCUGGUGUCACACUGGAGAGGCAACGCUCACUUAAGAAGUCGAAGAAAGAGAAUGAUAUAGCUCAUGUUCUACAAGAACUGGGCCCUGCUACAGAGAACCCUUCCAAGUCCAUCUUGAAGAGACCCAAAGGCAUCUUGAAGAAAAGAAAUUCCUGCGAGAAGUCCCAGGCUCCUCCUGCACCACCGCUGGCACCUUCGAUGGACAUGAGGAGAGAGGACAGAACUGUACCUGCGAUUGAUCUGGCUUGUGUCUUGUCAUCCAGGGCUUUGGCCUACAAGCCAGAAUGUGUUGUAGCCACCCCUUCCAUGCCCAAGAAAGGAAUUCUAAAGAAGCCUCAGAAGAGAGAGAGUGGGUAUUACUCAUCCCCAGAGCGUAGUGAAUCUGGUGAUGUGUUAGACUCAGAAAACGUGGACCUUGAUGCUUGUGUCUUUACUGGCAACUCCUCUCCUGCUCAGAGCCCUGGUGGCCAUCCUGCCAGGCGGAAAGGCAUCUUGAAGCACAAUGGCAAGUACUCUUCCAGCAGCACGGAGUCUGACAGCAUGCCUGUUAAAGCUUUCUCUUCUUUCGCUGAAGUUGCUUUGCCCAAGCUAUCACUAGGCUCCCGUAUUCAUCCAUCCAGUGCUGUGAGUGAGGAUAGCAUCCUUUCCACUGAGUCCUUUGAUCAGCUUGACCUGCCGGAUCGAAUGCCAGGGAGCAGAGGGGCAGCCAUGCGUGGCUCUGUCUCUGUGGAUGACCUUCUGCAGCUGGAGGAGGCAGCAGGGGACACCGGCCGCCGGCUCCGCCGCUGGACAGUCACUCGUUGCCAGAGCCCCCUUGCAGAUAGCUGCUUCUCUCUGGCAGAUUGUGAAAAUGUCACUGAGGUCUACAAGCGGGCUGUAGCUAUUAGCAUGAAACUGAGCUGAGGGAAUCCUUGCCAACAGGGCCCCCUGGACAUUUUUGCUGCCAAACAAUGCGUACAUCUGCAGAGACAUUUUGCAGCUUGGAUUCUGCUGUAAGGGAGCAGCACUGUCCAAAUGAUUUGCACUUCCCUUUGGGGUUGACUAGAGAACUUCUGACAGCCUUUCUUUUCUCCCUGAAAGGGCUGGAAGUGCAACUGCCUGGAAAUAUUUAUUUGCUGCAGAACUUUUGACUCUUCUCAGAAUGUAUGGAGAGGACGUGUGUGUGUGUAUGUGCACGCGCACACGCACGUGUAAGAAUGGUUUGUAAAAUGGUACAACAGGGUACAGGUUAUGUUUGGAGAGAGAGAAAGGUAUGUUGAUAGAAGGUUAGUGAAUAAUGUGGUUAGUAAGAAAUGAAAAAUACUGGUGCAGUGGGUGGAGAAUUUGGGGAGAUAACUGUUAUCUGCAAGGCAAUGGGGGUAAGGCUGAUGCCCCCCCCCCCCAAAGUUGUCCUAGCAGAAUCAGGAAAAAAAGUGUGUUGAAGACUAAUCAGUGUAGCCCUGUAGCUCUUUGGAACUCCUUCAUCUCUCCAAACAGACCCUGACAAUAAUCUCUGAUCCUAGCAACUGGAGUGGUUAUUUUUGUUUGCACUGUGCUUCUUGAAUUGCACAAAGUUGGUAGAGGUAGAAAGGCUUCUGAAGUGGGAUCAUGGCAUAGCAAGGUAAUAAGAAAGGCCUGGCCCUUGAUCAUCUGCACUACAAACUGAAGGGAGUUUAACUGUACUGGUGUUCUUUCCUCCUCCAAAAAAACAGGCAACAAUUUACCAACAGCCCUCAUAAAACCAGAGCUCCAGUUGUCCUUCAGAUAAGCCAGUGCAGGUAAACUAGAGCUUACGUCUGCUUCUUGGUGCAUAUGUCACCUUUUGGGCAUUGGAUACAAGAGUGGCACACAGGAGUUCAAAAUCCUUUUCCUUUGCUCACCUCUGCUUUGGUUAUUUUUUUGCAAGACUGGAAUAAUUGAGCUUUGAGUGGAACUGACCUUUAGCUCUGGCUUUACAAAUUGAUCAGGUGGCCAGAAGUUUGCCCCUCCUCAUGCAUCUCUGCACCUCCCAAGAAAGGAUGAGACAGUUCAGCUGGGCUACAGUGACUUUGGCGGAGCAGCAGUUGGCUCAAGGUUACCGAAUCCUGGCAGCUGCAGGCAUCUCUGGAGACUGGGAGAUGGAUAGUUUUGGAAAGGGUCUUGUUGAAUAGGGACUGGGCACUGAGGUUGGGAGGGCAGAGUACAGGGAAGUGCCAAAUGAGUGCAUGUUGCUAAGCUGGGGUGGGGCUAUGGAACAAAGUAUAAUAGACUUUACAGAAGUGAACAUUUAGUCCUGUCAAAAUAUUAUUACACAUGUAUGUUUUUUUAAAAAAAUGUUCUGGAUUUAGUAUUUUGUGUGGAUAUCUGUUACCUUGUCAUGAUGGAUUUUUUAGUAUUAAAAUACUGCCUUUUUCUCAGCCAUGUGAGCAAUUUGACAAAAUGAAAGCCUGGAAUUAAUGUUUUAGAGAUUAAAUAGUCUCCACAGUUCCUUUUUUGAACUUGAAGAAAAGUGAUAUGAAAACUAUAAUAUUAUGCUUUGGAUUCUAAAUACCCAAUGCACUGUCUUGCCACAUCUUCUCUGGUUGUCCUUCCAAGUUCUGUUAUGUUUCUUCCCAUCCAGAGAAGUUAAUUUAAAUUAAAAGCAAAUGUGAGACAUUAA